GCACGCUACUCGCUCGCCCGCCCAACUUCGACACCGCGACAUAAACUUUCGCAGCCAGUGAGUUUCACGGACUCGAUAGUGCGAUUCGUUAAUUUUGAUGGUUUCGAUAAAUAUGUGGUUGGAUGAUUUUUAGAUGUUGCAGUCGUAAUCGGUAGUGAAGUGUGAAUAGUUUAGACAUAGACAGUUUAGAUGUGUGAGUGUUGAGUGUAUGGUGCAAGUGGUGGCAUGGCGCGGAGCGGGCGCAGGGCGGCGCCGCGGUGAGGCGGGCGGGUGCGAUGUGCGUGCGCACGAUCCUCUUAGCGGUGGCGGUAGCGGUCGCGGUGGCGGGCGCGCGCGAGCUCCGUGUACUACAGGCGGACGCUCGGAGCGUGUUCUACGUGGGCAUCGCCGCGCCGCCGUCCGCCGUCGCCGUCGUGCGCGCCUUCAAUCGCACCCUGAGCGACCUGUCCACCACCUACCUGGCCGGCGACUACCCGCUCUACCUGAGGAACAUCACACUCCAGCCGCUAUACAUCGAGCUGCCAGAAGAUGAAAGGUUCAGCACGCGUCUCCUGGAGCACACUUGCAGCUCGCUGGAGGGAAAGCGAGUGGCGGCGCUGCUGGUGUGCGGCGGGGGACCGGCAGCGGCCGCCAUGGUCAGCGCCGCCGCCCGCGCCGGCGUCCCCGUGCUGCGGACUACACCCAACUUCCUACAAUUCUCUUACACUCUCGCUAAUGACAUUCUUCCACUGGAGAUACGUCUGGAGAUAACGAUAAAAGAGAUCCUACAUGCUUUGAGAGCCACUCUCCUUCACGCCCAUUGGCAUUCUUUUACUUUGCUCGCUGAAGAGGACAUAUAUUUGACCUUAACACUACAUAAGGACUUGUAUUCAAUACUCGCUUCCCAACCUCUCAACCCAAAAUGGCUCUCUCUUCCGACUAAAUACACACGUCGUGCUAUUUUCAGGCGACUGGCUGAAAUAUCAAGAUUGACCCGAGGUGUUGUAGUCUUGAUAUGCGACGCUUAUUAUGCCAAGCUUGUGAUGAACGAAGCUAAGCGUCUCAAUAUGCUCGACGGACACUUUUUCUGGCUUUGGAUUGAUGCAUCGAAGGAAUUGAAUUUAUUUCGAGACACUAUUAACAAAACGAAUUUCUCCGAAAAUAAUGAUUUAAAAUUUGAAAGCCUAAAAAGAAUGGAUGAUAUUUUAUCUAAUGAAUAUGUAAAACGCAUGAAACGACUAGAGGAAGACAAUAAUUUGUUAAAGAAAGGGAAGCUGCCUGAUGCCUUGGGAAAUCUUAAUGUUAUUUCAAAUAUUAGCAUAGAUAAUAUGGAAUCUUUACAUGAAAAUAAUAGAUCAGAGAUUUUAAUUUCUAGUCGUGUUAGUAGAAAUGUUAAAAAAAGUGAAACACAUAUAAAUAGUAAUUUAAUGAAUAUAAAUAUUAGUCAAUCUUAUGACACUAGUCGUAAUAUUAGUUCAGAAAAUGUAAGGAAUCAUAAUGUACAUAUUAAAGGCGUUGAAACUUCUAAAAUUAAAAACAUCUCAAGUGAGAAAGAAAAUAUGUCUUUACUUGAUAGGAAUAAAAGUAGAGAAACUAGUUCUAGUAAACUCAAGAAUGAGUCAUUUAACAAAUAUGUAAAUAGUAUAAAUACAAAGAGUUUGUAUGAUACACGAAGUACAUUAUUAAAAGAAAAAUUAGGUAGCUACAAUGAUAUUUCAAAUGUUAGAGAUAAUAACAUAUUAUUUUCAAGUGAUAUUAGUGAUUUCAUGGUGAAUCCCACGGUGCAUACUUCUACAAUGAAUAGAGUAAGAGAAAGAUUAAAAUUAGAAGAAAAUCAUUUUAUGAUGGAUCAAAUCUAUGAUGAUAUCAAUACAAGAAAAAAAGAAAAUGUAUCUACUGUUAUAAAUAACCUUCCUAUAGGUCUACUGGCAUUAUAUCCACAACCUCAGAAAAUCGAUGCAACUUUUGCAAAGGCAGCUGUUCUAUUAAUAGUCGGUGCUCUUCGAAGAGUGCUAAACGCCUGUGAUGCUUGGUCGGCCCAAGCCCAGUUCUUUAGCGAUGCUACAGCCUCGUGUUGGAAUGAAGCGAGUGAUGCAGCGACUGACUUUUCUAUGGAGUUUGUUAGGGAAAUGAGAAUAACUGCAGCAACUGUACUGGCAGAUGGAAGUGAUUAUCCUGAUCAUAUUCUGACAGCGACAUUUUCUUUCUUAAAUUUGGUUCAGAAUGAAAAAGGUGGAAAUAAAUGGCUGGAAGUAGGACAUGUAUUUGGCCGAAAUGUAAAACUCCAUACUAUUGUAUGGCCAGGUGGCCGACUGGUCGCACAUGGCCAGUCAUCAGGUGCUAGAACUAUAUUUAGGGUGGUCACUGCCUUAGCUCCACCUUUCGUGAUGGAAGGAGAACUCGAUGAAGAUAGACAGUGCCUUCGCGGACUUGCGUGUCAUCGUCCACAAACGUCUGACAAAGAUAAUCUAACUCUCGUAUUUAAUGAACUCGAAAGAGAAAACGAACAAGACACGGACGAUUUCUUUUUUCCGACAUCCAAACCAAAUGUAUUUACCAAAAUGGCUACUCAUUGUUGCUACGGCCUCGCAAUGGAUUUACUCGAAAAUAUUGCCCAAGAAUUAGAGUUUGAUUUUCAUUUGUACAUCGUGGAAGAUGGUUUAUACGGGUCCAGGAAGCUAUUGAAGCCUUUCCCAGUACUCGGUGACACGAAAAAUAUGGACGCGGAAAGGUGGUCAAUUCAUGAAGAUUACCGGUCCCAGUACCGAAGCAGUUACGACGAAUUGAACGGAAAUAGAAAUAAUGAAAAGGGUUCCUUUAUAAAUGAAAAUUCUGAUGAAAAUCCGGACAAAUGGGAUGGUAUUAUUGGAGAUUUGGUUUCCGGGGCUGCCCAUAUGUCGUUCGCAGCUCUUAGUGUAUCUUCGGCUCGUGCGGAAGUAAUCGACUUCAGUCAGCCGUAUUUUUUUAGUGGUGUGUCAAUAUUAGCUGCGCCGAAUCAGAGGCCAGAUAUACCCUUGCUUGCUUUUCUGUUACCGUUCUCACCAGAGCUUUGGAUAGCAAUAUUUACUUCGCUAAACAUAACAGCAAUAGCUGUCGCUAUAUAUGAAUGGUUAUCACCGUUUGGAUUGAAUCCUUGGGGAAGGCAAAGGUCGAAAAAUUUCAGUAUCUCCAGUGCUCUUUGGGUCAUGUGGGGACUGUUGUGUGGACACUUAGUAGCAUUUAAAGCACCCAAAAGUUGGCCUAAUAAGUUUCUGAUUAAUGUUUGGGGUGGAUUCUCUGUGAUAUUUGUCGCCAGCUACACUGCCAAUAUAGCUGCUCUUAUUGCUGGACUUUUUUUUCACAACGCUGUCGAUGACUUUCAAGGAAGGAGUAAUUGGCUAUCGUUGCGGGUCGGCACGCCGAGAUCCUCAGUGUCAGAAUAUUACGUCCAACGGAAUAAUCCACAUCUGGCCCAACAAAUGCGUCGUUAUGCGCUUCAAGACAUCGAGGAAGGGAUUCAGCGGCUAAGGAACGGAACGUUGGACCUUUUGAUUGCGGACACACCUGUGUUGGACUAUUAUCGGGCGACUGAUCACGGCUGUAAGCUCCAGAGGGUCGGGGACCACUCUCUCACGAAGGACACAUACGCCAUUGGGAUGGCCAAAGGGUUCCCCUUAAAGGACAGCAUAUCAGCGGUGAUAGCGAAGUAUUCGUCGAAUGGUUACAUGGACAUACUGACUGAGAAGUGGUAUGGAGCUCUGCCGUGUUUCAAACUGAGCCCAGACUAUGGCAUACAACCGAAACCUCUUGGCGUGGCGGCGGUGGCCGGGGUGUUUAUUCUGCUCGGAGUGGGAAUGAUCGUCGGCUGCCUGAUAUUGAUCUUGGAGCACCUUUUUUAUAAAUACACCCUGCCCGUGUUGCGUCACCAGCCCAAGGGGACGAUAUGGCGGAGCCGCAACAUCAUGUUUUUCAGCCAGAAGCUGUACAGAUUUAUAAACUGUGUGGAACUGGUGUCCCCGCACCAUGCGGCUCGAGAAUUAGUGAACACCAUUCGUCAGGGACAUUUUACGUCUUUGUUUCAGAAAAGCGUCAAAAGGAAGGAACAUGAACAGCGCAGAAGAAGGAAGAGCAAAGCACAGUUCUUUGAAAUGAUACAAGAAAUAAGAAGGGUUCAACAAGGACGGGAACACUCACUGGAUUCUAUAAAAGAAAACGUCGUGAUAGAAACAUCGGAAGUGUCAGAGGAAUUAUCAGAAUCAAAAUUUUUGUCACCGUCACCUGACGUUUCCAAUAGUAGAUCACCGCGACAAAGUCGAUCACCGCGACAACUGAGAUCGCCGAGAAAUCGGAAGAAACGAGGCAGCGUCUCCGGACUGAACGUCAGACGUUUCAGCACAGACUCAGUCCUCGGAUCAGACUCUGCGUCAAUUUACGAGAAAACCAGCCUAAAUAUAGGAAGACGACUCAGCCGCGAUGUAAGCUUCCUUACCAGUUCCCCUCCGGACAUAAACACUAGACUACGAACUCCGUCACCGAUGGUACGAAGACCGGAAGGUUCUUCGAUAAAAUCUUACCAGGACGUUUCUGAUUCCUCACAGAAUUGCCUAAGCGUGGAUGUACCGACAUAUCGAACCAGUGUUGAAAUUUUAGUGUCCGACGAAGGUGAUGUUCCUCCGGCUCCACCAUACCCCAGAGUAUCACCGACGGGCGCUAGGUCUGAACUGUCGCAAUUAUCGGAAGAAGAACUGAUUAGGCUCUGGCGAAGCUCCGAAAGAGAGGUGCGCGAAGCACUAUUGGCCGCUUUACAGGAGAGAAGAGCAAAUCUGGAUCCAAAGCAGGAUCCAGGAUGAGAACACUGAACUUCUGAACUUGGAAAGUUUUCGAUGUGAAAGCCAUUGAUUUUCUCGAUGCUGGUCAUGUGGGAAGUAGAGGGUAAUAAUGAUAGACCACCAGUAGUGGUGUUUGUGCCUGUUUUCAACUGUUUGACACGGAUUCGUACGGGCUUUAGUGACUACAGUGUUCAUUUGAGUGUCUUCAAAUAGUUGUAUCAUAAUGCCUUAUUUGGUGUGUUUGUUGAUUUAGUAAUUCGUGUCAAACGAUUUAAAAACGGUACUCGUAGAAUAUUAUUUCAAAUUACGUCCAUGAUUAAUAUUUAAGUUGUGAGUGUAUGAUUAAUGAAUUAAAUAUAGCGGUGUAACUUAAAAUUUUAGCUAUGACCACAAAUAUAAGUGCUUUACUCUACUAUCGUAGUACUUAAUAUUAUAAUAUAAUCAUGAUUUGAACUUUACGAUUUGUGGGAAAACUAUGCAAGAUUUUACAACAACUUGUGUUGAAUAGGAUCAUUG